AAAGAAGAAGACAAGAGAAGGAAAACAAGUAAACUCAGCUUUGUCUUGUUAUCUUCUGCAGUGUGGGAUUCCACUCUUUUGUUCUUGUCACCUCUCUGAUCUCUCCCUCUAUCUCGGUAAACUUAGUUACCAUUUUAGCCUCUCUCUAUAUAUUCCACAUCUCUCUUUACUUCUCGCUACUCCAAAACUACUUCAAUAAAUCACGGUCUUAACUUUGGAAACCACCACAUAGAUCUAGGUUGUGAAUAAAGAUGAAGAUUUCGAUAGGACGAGGUGGGUCAGGUCGGAUAGCGAAGCUCCGUUGCUGGGAUUGGUGUAAGGAACAAAGAACGCGUGUUUAUAUCAUCUGGAGGUGUUUGCUUUUCUUGCUACAGUGGGAAGACUAAAGAUCGACAAAGAAUAAUUAGCAAUCUCAAAGAUUUAUUCCACACUCGGUUUACAAAGUGGAAGAAAAACCAAUGGAGUUUUUUUUUGGUCUUCAGGAGAAUAAACGUGUAUGUCGUUUUAUUUGGUUCAGUUUAUUUAGUACAACACUUCGUCUAUAUUUAACGUUAGUUGCGUCAGUUGUAUAGUUUAGUCUGUGACGUAAGUUAAUCUGAAAAUAAGCUAAUGCUGAUUAGACUGGUAAUGUAAGCUAAAGAAGUACUAAUGUUUUACUUUAUCCACUUUCUAGGAUGGCUUUCA